CGUGAGCUUUUUUUGAAUUUUGAAAUUGAGCUUCCAAUUCCCGAAGCCGAAAGCUCCUUUUUAUUUUCCUUUUCAGUGUUGUAUAUAAAUCCGAAAUGGGUCUCCCAGAUUUUGACCAAAAAAUCUCUCUUUCGGAGCCCCAAGUUCAUUCAAAUCUGUAUCUAAUGGACUCACUCCCUGACGCCAUUGUACAAUACGUAUUGUCACACAUGAAUAAUGCCCGUGAUGUAGCGGUUUGUAAUUGUGUAUCCAAGCGAUGGAAGGACUCCAUGCCUUUUAUUAGGAGCCUCUACUUCCCUCGCAAUUCCUUUGAUAAUCAUGUGGGCAGUGACAACUCUGAUGAAAUCAUCUGGAGGAUGGUUUCUUCGAUCGAAAAGCUAGAGGAGCUUGUUGUUUAUAGCCCGUUCUCAGGUGCUGGCCUCUCUUCAUGGCUGUCAAUAGCAGGGUCCUCCCUCAGGCAUCUUGAGCUUCGAAUGGACAACCUUACUGAACAGCAAGGCUAUCGUGAGAUCCCCUCUAAGUUAGAUUGCAUUAAUGCUGCUAAGAAUUUGGAAUCUCUAAAACUUUGGGGCGUAUUGAUGACCCAGUCCCCCAAUUGGGAUGGCUUCCAAAAUCUCCAGAACCUUGAAAUUGUUGGUGCAAGAUUGGAGGAUCCCGCGUUGUCAGUGCUGCUACAUGCGUGUCCUAAUUUGACCAACUUGUUGCUGCUCGGUUGUGAAGGGGUCAGAUCCAUUUCCAUUGAUUUGCCACAUCUAGAGCAGUGUAAGCUUGAUUUUUAUGGUGUGGGUAACUGCACAUUUUCUAUGAAUUCUCCAAAAAUCAAGGUCCUUGAGGUGCAAGGUUGUAGUUGGAUACGUGUUCGUGAGACUAAAAACUUGAGGAGUCUUUCUAUUGCCAAUAAUGCAGGGAGAGUCUACAUGGUUGAUUUUGUAAAGCUUGUAGCUCUCGAGUUCUUAUCCAUUAGAGGAGUGCAGUGGUGUUGGGACGCAAUAUGCAGUAUGCUUCAGUGGGCGAGCGAGGUGAAGCACCUGUACAUGAAAGUUGAAUUCACUGGCGAUUUCGAGGCACUUCAGCCCUUCCCAGAGAUCGAUUUAGCUGAUUUCUUUAACAGCCAUCCCAAGCUGCAGAAGUUUGACAUCCAUGGAGCCAUGUUUGCAGCUCUUUGUCAGAAGAGCAGCUUGAAAAAUGUUGAUAAGGGGUUUGUAAUUCCUUGCCUGGAGGAGGUGGUCGUCACGGUCAGAUCACCGUUGAAUGCUGAGCAAAAAAUGAGCACACUGGAGUCCUUUCUAAAGUAUGGGAAGAAUCUAAAGACAAUGGUAAUAAAGAUUCUUCAGAUGAAGAGCAAUCAUAGCAGUGCAGAUGAUUUCUUUGACGAGAUUUGCAGGUUUAGAUACGUGAACCGUAAGAUUGUUCGAAUAGAAUAAAGCGCUUACCUUGUGCAUCUUCACUUCAAUUCACAUCAUUUUUUCUAGUGUAAUUUUCAAUUCUCUAAUUGUAGCUUGACUACUAAUUUGGUUCAUACUAUGAUAAUUUUUUUUCCCCCAA